UCUUUGGCUUCAUUUUUAUCAGGUUCAGGAUGAAAAGAGCUGGGCGAUAGAGAGACGCGAUACUCGAGUGUGCGAUACAGUCAUCUCCGACAUCUGCCCGCCCCGCCGCUCGCGCACCCUGUGGGGUACCGGGUGGAGGGGUGCGAGUGACGUCACGCCCAGCAGCUCGGAUCGUUUGCAGGUUUUUAAUCAAAAUCGUUUCAAAGGCGGAAAUUCCGCGGACAGCCGGAGAGCUGAACUCGAAAAACCCCCGAAUUCCUUGAACGUCUGGACCCCAGACAAAAGCCUCGUUUCACCCCCGCGUCUCCUACAGCCGCUGGCCGGGUCGGUGUGCUUGAACUCGGGCGCUGCUCCGGCGGGAUGGCGAGAGAGAACUUCUACGUCGUUCGCAACCCGAACACGGGCGACGUCAGGGAGGACCGAGCCAGGAAACCGAGAAGGAGCAAGAUAUGGGUAUCAGACCGCCUGGCCUCGAGCUCCUCGGCGGAGAGCGAGACGGGGAGGCGUGGCUGGGUGCUGACAGUCGUCUUCCUCCUGCUGUUCCUGCUGUCAAUCAUCCUGCUGAUCGUCAUCGCGACCAAGAUGUCCAGGCUGCAGCAGGAGAACAGCCGCCUGCAGGACAAGGCCAAACUACUGGAGAAGAAGAUCCUCAGAUACAGGGAGCAAGUCAGCAGGAAUGUCAGCACCAUCACUGAUCUGUCCUACAAGACUGGGGAGAACGUGUCCAACAUGCUGAAGGAAAUCACAGACAUCCAGAAUCACACAACCCAGAGCCUAGAUGCUUUCAACACCACCCUGAAGAACAGCCUGUUGACCCUGCUGGUCAGCUUCCUGGAAAGUUUCACCCUGGACAAUAAAGGGGCGCCGCAAGCCAGGGGGGACCCAGGACAUGACCUCAACUGCUCCGCCCUGCUGGCCAAGAUCUGCCCGGAGGGCUGGAGGCUGUGGAAGCUGCACGCAUGCUACUACUUCUCCUUGGAGAAGAAAACCUGGGAAGAAGCCCAGAGGGACUGCCGGAGCAGACAAGCCCACCUGGUUAUCCUGCAGGAUGAGGGGGAGCAGAGCUUUGUGUCCGGGAACAGCAAGGACACAGUGUGGAUUGGACUGAACGACACAGCCAAGGAGGGGACGUGGGUCUGGGUGGACGAUUUUGGCAUACUGGUGAACCAAAUAACAGUGGUGGUCAAGAAAACUGUGUUGAGCUUCUUACAACUCUGGCCAAAUGGAACGAUCUUACCUGCUCAAUGGUCAGGCAGUACGUCUGCGAGAAGCCCCUGUCCUGACCUGGCGUCCUGCCGGGGCUGGCGUCCUGCCGGGCCUGGCGUCCUACGCGACCAGCGCACAUCAGGACCCAAGAGGCUUCUCUGCGUCCAGAUCCUGGAGCUGCAGGGCAGACCCAUUUCCUGGGCCGCCCCCGCUGUAGCUGUCGCCUGGGUCCUGCGCUGCCGGCACAAGGCUGGCGGGCAGAGGGACUGCUGCGACGCCGCGAGCAGAAAUGCCCGCCGUGCCGCCUGCUGUCCCCGUGCCGUCUGCCUCUGCCCCUGCUCUGCGGUUUGCCAACAACACCCUCCUCCUCCUCCUCCCCACGGUCCUGCUCGCUAGCUGAUUCUGUCUGCUGGCAUGCUAGUGCCCCCCAAGGGGGGCGCUGUAAUGCUUAAAGAACAAGAGAGAGGGGCACCAACCGAAAUCAAAUUCCUGCCCAGGGAGGUCCCUGACUGCUGGGCAGGUUAGAAUCGCACUGCUCCUCCAGCUUUGCAGCAGUAGUUAGCUGUGUUGUUGUAGGCCGCGCUGUAGCCCUUUGCUCCAUGACACACGAAGGGGUGUGUGCUCCUGCUGUUGCCCCAGUAGUUAAGAACCUGAAGGGGAGCUGCAGUCCCAGUUUCUCACACCCGUUAUUAAAUCUCGGGAGCAAAAUAAAUUAACUGACGGUACAGGAGAAAAAAUGACCAAUUCCGAGUCAAGCACAACAUCAUGAACUCUGUGAA